AUGGCACCUAUAAAACUCUCGAUACCAAACGCGCAGACGCAAACGCCAGAGAGCGGCAAGCCAUACACAGAAUACACAAUCAAGAUUGACCACCCUUUUCCGCGCGCAACAUCAUCCGUCUCGAAACGCUACACCGACUUCUCGAACCUCGAUUCAGCCCUCCGCUCUGCAGUCGCCGCACCUCCUGCCUCUCUCCCGCCCAAAUCGUGGUCGCUCUUCGGCCUCGGCAGCUCCCUUGGAUCCCCCGAACAAGUCGAGAAGAGGCGACAAGGCCUCGAAGAAUACCUGCGCGCAAUCGAGAACAGCGAAGACGCACGAUGGAAAGCAUGCAAAGCAUACAGAGAGUUCCUGGGACUCGACGAUAAGGACAGCAAGAGAGCUGCUGGAUUUCCAGGCAGCCAGUUCGGCAAGGACCGCGUGAGGGAUAGCUCGGAUUGGCUGGACAAGCACUCCGAAGUCAAAUCGAGUCUGCAGGACGCCCGGCGAUGGCUCACGGCGCGCGAACAAGCCAGUGCCGCCAGCGCCCAGCACGACGCCGCCGCGAACGCGAAACGCGCGCUGCUGCGCGCGGAGUCGCUGCUCGGCGCGCUCGAAGAAGGGCUGCGGCGCCUGAGCGGCUCGAGCGGCGACGAGUGGAGCGGGGAGAAACUCGGCGAUGGCGAGGUCAGGCGACGAAAGGAUAUGAUCAGCAGCUCACGCAAGGAGCGCGACGGCCUGGAGAGUGUGCUGAACACCAUGGCGGCCAAGGCGGCGCUGUCGGGCUCGGGUACCCUGUCUACGCCCUCGACGUCUAGUGCUGCUGUCACCGCGGAGCAGAAGGCAGGGCUCUUCAAGGGCGCGUCAAAGCCCUCGGGCCGUCGUGUGCUGGGUGGUGCGCCGGUGGAGACGGAGCGCACACGCGAGCUUGAUAAUGAGGGUGUGUUGCAACUGCAGAAGCAGAUUAUGUCAGAGCAAGACGAGGAUCUUGUCGAUCUGACGACUGUGGUCAAGCGCAUGAGGCAGAUGGGUGUUGCUAUCAACGAGGAGAUUGUCGAGCAGAAUGCGCUUCUGGGGUUGUUGGAAGAGGAUGUUGAGAGGGUGGACGGAAAGAUACGGAUUGCGAAGAAGAGGAUGGACAAGAUUCGUUGA